AUGAGAAACAGGUCAGUGACUGACUUCAUCCUCCUGGGUCUGACAGAUGAUCCAGAGCUUCAGGUUGUGAUUUUCUUCUUUCUAUUCCUCAUGUACAUACUGAGCGUCACCGGAAAUCUAACCAUCAUUGCCCUUACCCUGCUGGAUUCCCACCUGAAGACCCCCAUGUAUUUCUUUCUCAGGAAUUUCUCCUUCUUGGAAAUUUCAUUUACUUCUGUCUGCAACCCUAGGUUUCUGAUCAGCAUUUUAACUGGGGACAAGUCUAUCUCCUAUAAUGCUUGUGUUGCUCAGCUAUUUUUCUUUAUCUUCCUUGGCUCGACAGAGUUUUUUCUCCUGGCCUCUAUGUCUUAUGAUCGUUAUGUGGCUAUCUGUAAGCCCCUGCAUUAUACAAUUAUCAUGAGAAACAAGAUUUGUUACCAGCUCAUCAUCAGCUCGUGGCUGGCUGGUUUCUUGGUCAUUUUUCCACCCCUAGCCAUGGGCUUGAAGCUAGACUUUUGUGACUCCAAUGUCAUCGACCAUUUUACCUGUGACUCUGCUCCUUUGCUGCAAAUCUCUUGCACAGACACAAGCACGUUAGAGCUCAUGAGCUUUGUUUUAGCUUUGUUCACUCUGAUGACCACCCUGACACUAAUCCUUCUGUCCUACGCUUACAUCCUCAGAACAAUUCUGAAAAUCCCCUCAGCUCAACAAAGGAAAAAGGCCUUUUCAACCUGUUCCUCACACAUGAUUGUUAUUUCCAUCACCUAUGGCAGCUGCAUCUUCAUCUAUGUGAAGCCUUCAUCCAAGGAUUCGAUGGCUGUCAACAAGGGUGUGACCAUCCUCACCACCUCCAUCGCUCUUAUGCUGAACCCCUUCAUUUACACCUUGAGAAACAAGCAGAUAAAAUAG